AUGAAAAAUCAACCGAAUGUUAACGCCGGAGUUGUUACACGAUCCCGUAGCAAUAUGAAUGAUGAAGAUAACGUUAACAACGAAGGACAGGAAAAUGAAUUGAAUGAUGCGCAAGGAAGUCACGCUAACAACGUUGACAUGUUCAAUGAAACGAAUGAUACACAGGAAGUACAUGCCAACAUACCGAAUGGACCGAAUGUCGAUAUAGGUAAUGUGAAUACAAAUACACUACUUUGUACUUUAAUGUCACAAAACGCCAUGUUAAUGGAGCUAUUGAAGUCGCAGCAAGCUAGUAAAUCGUCGAACGACAUGACAAUUGCACCGGAUUUAAAUAAAUCUAUACCAGUUUUUAAUGGGCUAACAACGGGCGCGCAAGCUCGAGAUUGGUUGCGGACAGUGAACGGUGUCGCUAAUCUACAUCGCUGGCCAGACAACUUUAAAUUGCAGUCCGUGCGUGCAAAUCUGGACGGUGCUGCUCGUCAUUGGUUCAUAUCGAGAGAUAUCGAGGACUGGGCCGAUUUUGAAAGGCAGUUUUGCAAAACGUUCGUAGGCGUAGUGUUGACAGGUGAUUGUUGGAAAGAAAUGAGUCGUCGCGUCCAACAACGAAACGAGAAUAUACGCGAAUAUUUUCACGAAAAAGUUUACCUGUGCAAACGAGUUGGCCUAUCUUUUUAUGAAUCGAAAAUACAAGUUUUGGAAGGUCUUUUCUCAAAGGAUCUAAGUAUGUAUUUAUUGGGCCGUGAUCAUCGAAACGAAGACGACUUAUUGAACGAUAUGGUCGAGUAUGAACGUUUAGAUACAUCACGUGCGACUCGUUUUCGCCAGUCGUCAGCAAACAGUAAAGAUAACGGUGUACAUAAGCCUAUACCACGACAGCAGAAUGAUACACCAUCGUCUUUACCGACGAAGAAAGAAAAUCCGAAAAACACAACAGAUUACGAAGGAAAACCGACAGUCCAAUCGUGUUUUAAUUGUGGAUCGAGAACACAUAUUUCACCUCAGUGUCCUAAGCCAAAGAGAGAAAAGGGAGCCUGUUAUGAGUGCGGUUCGAUGUCACAUCAAAUAGGAAGUUGUCCAGGACGUACAAGACAGAGUUCCGAUGCAUCAACAGAAAAGAAGUCAGGACUAAUGAACAUCGACAUUGCAGACGAUGAUGUACCACCCGUCGACCACCCGAAGCCGUACGAAGUACAAUGCCACAUUGACGUUCCCGUUGCCGAACAUGAAGUUUGUGAGGUCAAGUUCAACGCGGUAAUUGACACAGGUAGUCCUAUAAGCCUUCUGAAAUGUGAGUUCAUUCCAAAUAAUUAUGUUGUAAUUAAAUCAGAAUGUGAUAAUUUUAUAUUUUAUGUUGUACCGAAUAGUACCAUGUCUUCUGAUGCUAUUCUAGAAGUUGAUAAUAAUUUCGACGAAAUAUUAUGUAUUAAUUAUGGUCAAGACGAAAACGACCGCAAUGAUAAUUGUUUGUUGAACAUAAAUCCGGAUUUGGACUCUGAGAUAAGAAAUAAGUUUAUUGAAUUGUAUAACAACGAAUAUCACGUUCUGUUAAAAGAAAACGUAGAGUCACGCGACGGUAAUGUAGAUUUUGAUAUGAAAAUUAUUUUAAAGCAUGAACAACCUAUUUCUUUUCGCCCUAGACGCCUGUCAUACGGUGAACAAAAUAAGUUGCGUGUUAUUUUAGACGAGCUGUUGUCCGAAGGAGUGAUAAGACCGAGUAAUAGUGCAUAUAGCAGCCCGAUCGUGCUAGUUAAAAAGAAAUCUGGAGACUAUAGGUUGUGUAUAGACUAUAGAGAGCUUAAUAAAAUAACAGUAAGAGAUAAUUUUCCGACACCCCUAAUAGACGACCAGUUGGAUCGUCUACGUGAAAAGAAAAUAUUUACAUUGUUAGAUUUAAAGAAUGGAUUCCAUCACGUGCGUAUGUGUGAAAAAUCUAUCCCGUAUACGUCGUUCGUAACACCGUUAGGGCAAUAUGAAUACGCAGUGGCGUAUUUAGGUUUUUGUCAUGGGGGGGAUAUGACUUUUUACGGUAAUUACUAA